AUGGAACACUUGCGUGAAUUCCUUCCAUUGAUCGAAAGGUUUUAUCCCGAUGAAGGUCCUUCGAAAGAGUCAAGACGUGCUGUUGCACACCAGAACGUAGGUUCUCGUGAAGAUUCUUAUCGUUGUCGUAUCAAACGCAUCGCGACCAUGACGAUGGAUUUGUACUACAUGCUGUCCAGUCCGCCCUGCCGAAGUGUCAUGCUUCUGGCCAAGGAUUUGGGCGUGGAACUCAACCUCAAGCGUACCGACCUCAAUGUAUCGGCUCAUCUCACUCCUGAGUACCUCAAGAUGAAUCCGCAGCACACAAUCCCAACGAUGGAUGACGACGGAUACAUCCUUCACGAAAGCCGAGCCAUCCUGCGCUAUGUAUGCAGCAAGUUUGCCAAGGACGACAAAUUGCACCCGAAAGAUCUGAAGGAGCACUUAUACUACAUGCUGUCCAACCCGCCCUGCCGGAGUGUCAUGCUUCUGGCCAAGGAUUUGGGCGUGGAACUCAACCUGAAGCUAACCGACCUCAACGUAGGAGCUAACCGCACCCCCGAGUUCCUCAAGAUGAAUCCACAUUACACGAUCCCAACGAUGGACGACGACGGAUACAUCCUCCACGAAAGCAAAGCCAUCCUGCGCUACCUCAACAACAAGUAUGCCAAAGACGACGACUUGUACCCUAAGGACCUGAAGGAGCGUGGAAUGGUGGAUCAAAGACUGGAUUUCGACUGCUGCUCCUUCUAUCCGGCCCUCCUCGACUGUGUCAAGCCCAUAUUUCUCGGCUUGACGAAGACCGUGAGCGAGGAGAACAAGGAGAGAGUUAAGGAGGUACUGGGAUUACUGGACAAGUUCAUCGAGACAUCUGGAGGAUACGCGGCCGGGAACCGACUCACACUAGCUGACUACGCCUUCGUUGCCGUCGUCUCCUCCUUCGAGGUCCAGUCAUUCGAUGCAACGAUGAUGUUNCCCCCCCCCCUUUUUUUUUUUUUACCGGUCGGCCCUCCAUGCCGAAGCGUGAGGCUGAUGGGGAAGCGAGUGGGAGUCGAGUUGAACCUCGUCGAGAUGGAUCCGUUCGAGGGGACUCAAGAAUUUCUCAAGAUGAAUCCCCUGCACACCAUUCCCACGAUCAACGACGACGGAUUCGUUCUCUAUGAAAGUCGGGCGAUUUUGCGCUAUUUGUUCAACGUAUACGGAAAGGACGAGUCUUUGUACCCGAAGGAUCCGAAGGCCCGAGCCAUCGUCGAUCAACGCUUGGACUUCGACAUUGGGAUUCUCUGGCCGAUCGUCUACAGGAACGAAAAAUCGAUCUCGGAAGAAGCCAAGAAGGACCUGAAGGAGACUCUGAAGAUCUUGGACGGAUUCAUCGAAGCAUCCGGCGGGUAUUGCGCCGGGAGGCACCUCACUCUUGCGGACUUCUCCAUCGUCCCCACCGUUUCCAGCGCGGAGGCCGUCGGGGUGGAACUGAACCUGAUCGAGACCAGCCCCAUCACCGGGGCCACGCGCACUCCCGAGUAUCUCAAGAUGAAUCCUCUGCACACCAUUCCCACCAUCAACGACCACGGAUUCAUUCUCUACGAAAGUCGUGCGAUCAUGCGCUAUUUGUUCAACGUGUACGGAAAGGACGAGUCUUUGUACCCGAAGGAUCCGAAGGCCCGAGCCAUCGUCGAUCAACGCUUGGACUUCGACAUCGGGAUUCUCGUCGGGAAGUGGAGAGCCUGCGUGCGGCCGAUCGUUUAUGGGAACGAGAAAUCGAUCUCGGAAGACGCCAAGAAAGAUCUGAAGGAGACGUUCGAGAUCCUGGAUGGAUUCAUCGAGGCCUCUGGCGGGUAUUGCGCGGCGUCGCAUAUCACUCUGGCCGAUAUUUCCAUCGUUCCGAUCGUCUCCAGCGUCGAGAUGAAUCCCCAGCAUACGAUCCCUACCAUGGACGACAACGGCUUCCACCUUUGGGAGAGCCGUGCCAUCAUGACCUACCUGAUGAACAAGUAUGGAAAGGAUGACAGUCUGUACCCGAAGGACCCCAAAGCCCGGGCAAUCGUUGAGCAAAGGCUCUACUUCGACAUGGGCACUCUCUACCAUCGAUUCGGCGAAUACGUCUACCCGGUGAUGUGGGGAAAGGACACCUCUCUGGAUCCCGAGAAAAAGAAGAAACUGGAAGAGGCCCUGGGCUGGCUGGACGGUUUCAUCCACAAGUCCGGCGGGUACUGUGCCGGCAAGCACGUCACCCUUGCAGAUUUCGCCAUAAUCGCCUCCAUUGCUACGAUCGAGGCGGCGGGAGUGGUGGAGCUGGCCCAGUACAAGCAUCUGUCGGAAUGGUUCGCCAAAUGCAAGGGGGAGAUGAAGGGCUACGCUGAACUCAAUCACGAUGGAGCCGUCCAAUUCGGAGAAUGGGCUAAGAGCAAGCUCACUGGCAAAUGAAUACACCACUUGUCGUCCGGGCUCCUUUUUAAAUUUCCUCGUUUAUUCAAUUUAUGAAUUUCCCUGUUUUUCGGAUUUUAUUUGCAUCCCUGUGAUAGUUUUAAUUCCUCUUGAAAUCCGGUGGCGCCAAAAUUUUUUUUUCUUUAUGGAGCCAAUUUGGGAAUAAACAUUCCUGCAGAAAACUUUUUUUUUCUUUUGCG